AUGAUGCUGUCUAGCACAGGUGAUAAUGAUGCUGUCACUGUUGACAGCUCACCUACCUAUUUUUGCCCACACCUCAAGGUGACAUUUACACUUGCCAUUUUACAAUACCUCCACACUCUACAGCCUCCACCUCCCCAUGCCCACACCCUCAAGCACAGCAAAGUGAUGGAGGUACUGGAUACUUCUUCCACCCUGGUAUUUCUUGACCUUGCAUGGGCUGGUUUAACCAGAGGCAGAGUUCACAUCCGCCUGACUCCUGACACUGGGCUGGCCACACAGUUUGUGUGGUUGUCUUCUGGCGAGAGAGGUCCAUCCUACCACAACACAACAUUUUUUAAAGUAGAGUACAAAGGUGAACCAGGAGAAAGUGUUACAGGUGGAGACUACCAGCAUAAUAAUGGAAAGGGAGGAGCCCCACUGCUGUCUGAUCAGCAGGAUGAGUACCGGGAAUCAGGCAAAGUUGGUGCUGUGUCAUCACCGUGGUGGCAAGGGAGUCACUUUAGUACCCAGUUCACCAUUAUCACCAGGGAUGCCACAUAUAAUCAGUAUAGCAAUAUCUUUGGUGAAGUUGAGAGUGGGAUGAAUGUAUUGAGAGCAGCAGUUGACCACAGUAACAUAAAGGAGGUGACUGUUGUGGACUGUGGUGUUGUGCUGGCUCUCUAGUUUACUGUACCAUCACUAUUGUAUCUUUGGUGAGGUUGACAAUUGAUGGGAGGUGUUUUGAGAGCAACAAUCAGUCACAGUAAUGUCAUGGAGGUGACUGUUGCAUACUCUGCUAUUUUGUAGACACUUUAAUUCACUGUAUUAUCACUAUUGCAUUUUCUUCAAGGGGCAUCUAUGCCACACUUAAUUACCCCGACCUCUUCUUAUGGGGACAUUUCUCUUGCAAAAUUUAUCUCCCAGACAGAAUGAAAAGGAAUUGCUUUCUACUCAGUUCUAAUGUAGCUUUCAUUGGUAGUGCUGCAGUGGGUGUAUUACUCCACCUAAUGUAGCUUUCAUUGGUAGUGCUGCAGUGGGUGUAUUACUCCACCUAAUGUAGCUUUCAUCGGUAGUGCUGCAGUGGGUGUAUUACUCCACCUAAUGUAGCUUUCAUUGGUAG